AGGGGAAGAGGCGUGACCAGGGUUCGGCGAGGUGUAGUGUUGCCUACAGUAUCUCUCUGUGGCCUUCCAGCUGCUAUUGAAGAGAGAAGACCCAGGUUCAAGCUAACAGCUGGAGUCUCUUUGAUGAACACCUCAGUUCUGUCCCGGGGAUUAAAGGGGAAACCGAGGCCUGAAUGGGCGUGGUCAUUUCCUGCAGUUCGCGUGACGACCGCAGCCGUGGCAGGUAAAAAGAUUGCCAUAUCAACUCACUGAAGCAAUAGGUCACUGUCUUGUCUUUUAAACUGCAUCAACAAUGAAGCAAUAAUAUCUGAGAACAAAUGAACAUUUGCCAACUAACUGUCAUCACAAUUUCAAGUGAUUGUAUAAGCAGAAACAAGCUGCAACAGACCCAUGUGUCAACUCUUACAGAGAGAAUGCUUUUUUCAGAUGCUGUUUAUUUAGAAACAGUUUUAGUAUAUCACAUUUAAGUUAUAUUUAUAUCAAAUGAAAUAAAAAUGAGUGAAGGCCCCAGAUUCUUUGUUGGACCUGAGGAUACAGAAAUAAACCCUGGAAAUUAUCGACACUUCUUCCACCAUGCAGACGAAGAUGAUGAGGAGGAGGAUGAAUCUCCACCAGAAAGGCAGAUUGUGGUUGGAAUAUGUUCCAUGGCAAAGAAAUCCAAAUCCAAACCAAUGAAGGAAAUUCUUGAACGGAUCUCCUUAUUUAAAUAUAUCACAGUAGUAGUAUUUGAAGAAGAUGUUAUUUUGAAUGAACCGGUGGAAAACUGGCCUUUGUGUGAUUGUCUCAUUUCUUUUCAUUCUAAAGGAUUUCCACUGGACAAGGCAGUUGCCUAUGCAAAACUCAGGAAUCCAUUUGUAAUCAAUGACUUGAAUAUGCAGUAUCUCAUACAAGAUAGGAGAGAAGUAUAUAGUAUUCUUCAAGCUGAAGGUAUUUUACUUCCUCGUUACGCAAUUUUGAAUCGUGACCCAAAUAAUCCCAAAGAAUGUAAUCUGAUUGAAGGGGAAGAUCAUGUAGAAGUAAAUGGGGAAGUUUUCCAAAAGCCAUUUGUAGAAAAGCCAGUCAGUGCAGAAGACCACAAUGUUUACAUUUAUUAUCCAACAUCUGCUGGUGGUGGAAGUCAAAGACUUUUUCGAAAGAUUGGCAGUAGAAGUAGUGUUUAUUCCCCAGAAAGCAAUGUACGAAAAACAGGCUCAUAUAUAUAUGAAGAGUUUAUGCCCACAGAUGGUACUGAUGUUAAGGUUUAUACAGUAGGUCCAGAUUAUGCCCAUGCUGAAGCUCGAAAAUCUCCUGCACUUGAUGGCAAGGUGGAACGAGAUAGUGAAGGAAAAGAAGUAAGGUACCCUGUUAUUCUCAAUGCACGAGAGAAAUUAAUUGCUUGGAGAGUUUGCCUUGCAUUUAAGCAAACAGUUUGUGGCUUUGAUUUGUUACGGGCCAAUGGACAGUCCUAUGUCUGUGAUGUCAAUGGCUUCAGUUUUGUGAAAAAUUCCAUGAAGUAUUAUGAUGAUUGUGCAAAAAUACUUGGGAAUAUUGUAAUGCGAGAGCUUGCUCCACAGUUUCAUAUCCCCUGGUCCAUACCCUUAGAAGCUGAAGAUAUCCCGAUUGUACCAACUACAUCUGGAACUAUGAUGGAACUUAGAUGUGUCAUAGCUGUCAUACGUCAUGGGGACCGAACACCAAAACAAAAAAUGAAAAUGGAAGUGAGGCAUCAAAAAUUCUUUGAUCUUUUUGAAAAGUGUGAUGGAUAUAAAUCUGGGAAAUUAAAGCUGAAAAAACCAAAACAAUUACAGGAAGUGCUGGAUAUUGCACGACAACUUCUUAUAGAGUUGGGACAAAAUAAUGAUUCUGAAAUUGAAGAAAACAAGUCAAAACUUGAACAACUUAAGACCGUGUUAGAGAUGUAUGGCCAUUUUUCUGGAAUAAAUCGUAAGGUCCAAUUAACCUAUCUCCCUCAUGGUUGUCCUAAGACAUCUAGUGAAGAAGAAGACAGCCGAAGAGAAGAGCCAUCCUUACUUCUGGUUCUAAAAUGGGGAGGAGAACUAACCCCUGCAGGCAGGGUCCAGGCUGAAGAACUUGGAAGAGCUUUCAGGUGUAUGUACCCUGGAGGUCAAGGAGAUUAUGCAGGAUUUCCUGGUUGUGGUUUACUUAGAUUACACAGUACCUACCGACAUGACCUUAAAAUAUACGCCUCUGAUGAAGGACGAGUCCAGAUGACUGCAGCUGCUUUUGCAAAGGGGCUAUUAGCUCUAGAAGGAGAACUUACACCCAUUCUUGUUCAGAUGGUGAAAAGUGCAAACAUGAAUGGCCUUUUGGAUAGUGAUAGUGACUCUUUGAGCAGUUGUCAGCAACGUGUGAAAGCAAGACUUCAUGAAAUACUUCAGAAAGACAGAGAUUUUACUGCUGAAGAUUAUGAAAAGCUUACUCCAUCUGGAAGCAUUUCUCUUAUCAAAUCAAUGCAUUUAAUUAAAAAUCCUGUGAAGACCUGUGACAAAGUGUAUUUCUUGAUACAAAGUUUGACUUCUCAAAUCAGACAUCGAAUGGAAGAUCCCAAAUCAUCAGAUAUUCAGCUUUAUCAUAGUGAGACCUUAGAGCUCAUGCUACGUAGAUGGUCCAAGUUGGAGAAAGACUUUAAAACAAAGAAUGGAAGAUAUGAUAUUAGUAAAAUCCCUGACAUAUAUGACUGUAUAAAAUAUGAUGUCCAGCAUAAUGGUUCCUUGAAAUUAGAAAACACAAUGGAAUUAUAUAGGCUUUCAAAGGCAUUAGCAGAUAUUGUUAUCCCUCAGGAAUAUGGUAUAACUAAAGCUGAAAAACUGGAGAUUGCCAAAGGCUACUGUACUCCUCUAGUUAGAAAAAUUCGCUCAGAUCUUCAAAGGACACAAGAUGAUGACACUGUAAAUAAACUCCAUCCUGUGUAUUCCAGGGGUGUUCUGUCACCUGAACGUCAUGUCCGUACCAGAUUAUAUUUCACCAGUGAAAGUCAUGUACAUUCUUUACUGUCUAUUCUUCGCUAUGGUGCCUUAUGUGAUGAAUCAAAGGAUGAACAGUGGAAACGAGCUAUGGAUUAUUUAAAUGUUGUCAGUGAACUCAACUACAUGACUCAGAUUGUUAUCAUGCUUUACGAGGAUCCUAACAAGGAUCUUUCCUCUGAGGAACGCUUUCAUGUUGAAUUACAUUUUAGUCCAGGAGCCAAAGGAUGUGAAGAAGACAAAAAUUUACCAUCUGGCUAUGGAUAUAGACCAGCUUCAAGGGAGAGUGAAGGCAGGAGAUCUUUUAAAAUUGAUAGUGAUGAUGAGCCACAUACUUCUAAAAAAGAUGAGGUUGAUCGAGCUGUGAUAUUGUUUAAACCUAUGGUAUCAGAGCCAAUUCAUAUACACAGGAAGUCUCCACUUCCAAGAUCUAGGAAGAUGGCUGCAAAUGAAGAAGAGAGCCCCCUGAGUGUGUCUAGCCCAGAGGGUACUGGUACCUGGCUGCAUUACACCAGUGGUGUGGGUACUGGGCGUCGAAGACGCAGAUCAGGGGAACAAAUCACUUCUUCCCCUGUCUCCCCCAAAUCAUUGGCUUUCACAUCCAGUAUUUUUGGCUCAUGGCAACAGGUUGUAUCUGAAAAUGCUAAUUACUUGCGAACACCACGAACUCUUGUAGAACAGAAGCAGAACCCUACUGUAGGGUCUCACUGUGCGGGCCUGUUUAGCACCUCGGUGCUCGGGGGUUCUUCAAGCGCACCUAACCUACAGGAUUAUGCUCGUACUCAUCGUAAAAAGCUGACCUCUUCUGGCUGCAUAGAUGACGCCACACGCGGUUCUGCUGUUAAAAGGUUUUCUAUCUCAUUUGCUCGACACCCAACCAAUGGCUUUGAAUUGUAUUCGAUGGUGCCAUCUAUUUGUCCUCUAGAAACUCUUCACAAUGCCCUGUCUUUAAAGCAGGUGGAUGAAUUUCUUGCUUCCAUUGCUUCUCCAUCAAGUGAAGUUCCACAGAAGACCCCUGAAAUUUCCUCUUCAGCUUCACGUUCCAGUCCAAUAAUAAGAAGAAAAGUAUCUUUAAAUACAUAUACACCUGCAAAGAUCCUCCCAAUGCCAGAAGCUACCAUAAAGAGUACUAAAGCAAGCAGCAAACCAGCUCCCAGCGGACCUUCUAGUAUGGUUGUUCCCAAUACCUCAUCUCGGAAAAAGGGUGUGAGUAGCAAAACAGAAAUGCAUGAACACAAAAAAAACACUGCGAAAAAAAAAUGAAAUCUUCUUAGCAGAAGCUGGAACUCAUUAUACUUAUAAAAAAUCACGUGUUCAGUAGAAAGAGACACGUAAUAAACCUUGACUGAAAAGUAUCAAAGCAAGUAAUUUGUGUCUCCUUAUACAUCUCUGUAUUAAUUUAAAGAUAUAUGACAUCUAGAGAAUUCUUUGUAUAUAUUCAGUUAAGGCCUUUGUCAUGAUAUGGAAAUGUUUAAAACAAUGUUUAUUAGCAUUUUAUGAGUAGCAAAACUUAUGGUGAUAAAGAUCUGUUGUUCUGAAUGUGAUGUUUACUGUGUGCCUGUGGUAAAGAAGAGGAAUGGGAAAACCCAGACAGCCUGUGCCAAUGUCACACAGUAAUGCUGUUUGCUGAAGAACCUGUGAGGUGGCCUCUGUACACAUUUUCACUUUCAGAGGAUCACAUCUGGGCUGCAAAAACCUAUAGCUUAAAAUUUGAUGACCAUACUGGGGACUUUUAAAAAGCAUAUUUCCAAAGAGAUUUCAUAUAGACCAUAUAGAUUAGAAACCUUUUUUUCCCCAAUUGUUAUGAUUACAUAUAUGCUGCAAUAUUUAAUAACUGGAGUAUUGGCAUAUGGGUUAUUUUUUCAAUCUAUGCUUUGAAUUUUUAUUGUGUAUUAUUUAAAAUAUUACAUAUGCAGCUGGGUUAACUAUACCUUUAUGCACAUACAUUUGUAGAAAAUAUUUUCUUUAUAUAUUUCCUUACCAUAAGGUGCUUUUGUUCGUCAGGACAAUUUUCUUUGUAUAUUGGCAAGAAAGACAUCUUUAGAGUUUCUCUUUAAGAUAUAGUUGACAAGUUUAUAAAUGUUAGUUAUUUUCAGAGUUCUUUUUAGAUCUAAAAAACUGAGUUCAAGAAUGGAGGUAAUCAAUGUAAGAAGAGUAUCUGAAUUCCAUUGUUAGUAGAUACUAUGUAUAGCACCUAUUUUUACCAUUUCCAUUCUUAUCUCUAGAAUAUCAGUUGAUCUCACUAAGAUAACUUAAAGAUUGAGCAUUUGAAAUACAUUCUCAUUUCAAAUGGUUAGAUUUUGAACGGAAAUUGAGAUGAUUGCAUUGUGAUUUCAUCUAUAAUGUGAAAAAAUAUUUAUUAUCCUUGGUGCUUACUUUCCCCUGAUGCACAAAUAAUUAUUGUAUAAACCACUUGAAAUGACUUAAACUGUAAACCAAACAGUACAUCCUGAUAAGAAUUGCAUCCAUUGCCAGUUAGGUAACUUAAAUUGCUAAAGCUUUAGUUUGAGGCUUAUGUUUAGAAAAAUUAUUGAAUUCUCGUAUGAAUGCAGCUAUUAAAAUCCUUCAGUAGAGACUCUCCUAACCUUAAAUCAUCAUAUAUGAAUUGACUUUAGAAAAUAAGCAUAAUACGUGUUCAUUUUAAAAGGUACCAGAUGCAAAAGUCACAAAUAUAUACAAUUCUAUAAGUUCAUAUAUUUCACAUGAAUGUAAAUGUAUUACAUGGAGACAUGUCUUGUAAACAGUUGAAUGUACCUAAGCUUUCUGUAUGUGAAAAUGUGGUUAAUGUGCUCAUUGUCAGAUUAAAGAAACUACUUUUAUUUUUUAAAUGGAACUGAAUUAAAAUAUUUUAUUUCUAGAAUCAGA